AUGUUCCUCAACGGUGAACUUGUUUUAUCCAAGUUAUUUGUUAUAUUUAGAGAUUAUGGAACCGAGAAGAAUUACUCUAAUGUAUGUUUAUUUAUUUUUUUAGAGCCGUGUACGGCCGUUUGUCAAAAUGGUGGUCAAUGCACAGGUUCCAAUACUUGUACAUGCGCUACUGGAUGGAGUGGUGACACGUGUACACUUGCUAUAUGCACAAGUGAUUGUCAGAAUGGUGGUACAUGUACAGCUCCUGAUACAUGUACAUGUACUAAUGGAUGGAGUGGUGACACGUGUACUAUUGAACUGACAACGUCAUCAACAACAACAACAACGACGACGACGACAACCACAAAAACAACAACGAAAACAACUACGAGAACAACCACGAGGACAACCACAAAAACAACAACGAGAACAACCACGGGAACGACCACGAAAACAACCACGAGGACAACCACAAAAACAACUACUAAAACAACAACAACUACAACAACAAAUAAAUUAACAACAACUACAACAACAACUACGACAACAACUACGACAACAACUACGACAACUACAACUACGACAACAACAACUACGACAACAACAACUACGACAACAACUACGACAACAACUACGACAACAACAACUACGACAACAACAACUACAACUACUACAACAUUAUGUACUCUAUCUUCUCAAUCGACCUGGUCACAAACUGCUACGACCAUAUUUGGCAGUCAAGCAGGUACAUCUGGCUCUACCCUUUCACUUCUUAAUACUCCAAUUGGAAUGUAUUAUGAUCAACCUAAUAAUAAUUUAAUCGUUAGCGAUUUUCAAAAUCAUCGUGUUCUACAAUUGUCUUUGAUUAAUGCGCCUUCAGUUGCAACAGUAAUUGCUGGAAGUAAUGGCGCGGGUUGCAGCUUGAAUCAAUUUACGACUCCUAUUGGAGUAGGUCUUGAUAGUUCUGGUCAAUUGAAUGUAGCAGAUACAACAUGCAAUCGACUCAUUAGAUUUCCAUCAAAUUCAAAUUCGACGAUAUCUGGAACAUCUGUCGGUUCUGUAGCGGGAGCAGAACAACUAUCCAUAAACGCAUUGACUGGUGAUAUUUAUGUAGCUAGUUAUAGUGGUAAUGCGGUAUACAAGUUUACCGGAGGUAGUGGAUCACCCGUGGUUGCAGCAGGUGGCAAUGGAGCUGGAAGUGGUCUAACUCAGCUUUCAUCACCAAAUGGUGUUUACUAUGAUUAUUUACAUACAAAUGCUUUGUACGUUACCGAUCUUAAUAAUAAUCGUGUAAUGAAAUACCCAUCUGGUUCAACGAGUGCAACUUCUGGAACAGUUGUCGCUGGAGGUAAUGGAUCUGGAAGUGGAGCGAAUCAGGUCAAUAGCCCAAGAACUAUACUGGUCGAUAGUAGUGGAGCUCUUUAUAUAUCUGAUGCAGGUAACAAUCGUGUUACACGUUGGCUGCCAAAUGCGACUAGUGGUAGUACAGUCGUUGGUGGAACAUCAGGAACAGCAUCGAGUCAACUCAAUUUCCCUGAAAAAAUCCUCUUUGAUAAAAAUGGCAAUCUAUUGGUUGUUGAUAGAGGAAAUAAUCGAAUACAACUUUUUAAUUUAACAACAUGCUAG